GUUCAGCUGUCCUGGCUUCGCUGGGCCGUGCUGCUGCUCUUCAGCAGCUACUCCCUGUGCAAUGCUUUCCAGUGGAUCCAGUACGGCAGCAUCAACAACGUCUUCAUGGGCUUCUACGACGUGAGCGCCUUCGCCAUCGACUGGCUUUCCAUGAGCUACAUGCUCAUCUACAUCCCCCUGCUCUUCCCGGUCGCCUGGCUGCUGGACAAGAGGGGCCUGCGCCUGAUCGCCCUGGCUGGCUCGGCCCUCAAUGCCGUGGGUGCCUGGGUGAAGCUGGGCAGCCUGAAGCCUCACCUCUUCCCCGUCACUGUCCUGGGACAGGUCAUCUGUGGCCUGGCUCAGGUCUUCAUCCUGGGCAUGCCCUCACGCAUCGCCUCGGUCUGGUUUGGCUCCCACGAGGUCUCCACCGCCUGCUCCAUUGCGGUCUUUGGGAACCAGCUUGGCAUCGCUGCAGGCUUUCUGGUCCCUCCAGUUCUGAUCCCUAAUGUGGAGGAUGUGGAGAAGCUAGCCUACCACAUCAGCAUCAUGUUCUUCAUGACUGCAGGUGUGGCGUCAGCCCUGUUCAUCCUGGUCAUCAUAGUCUUCAAGGAGAAGCCCCCGAACCCUCCAAGCCGAGCUCAGGCCUCGAUCCAGUCAAGACCGACUGCAGAGUAUUCGUACAUGCAAUCAAUCCUCCGCCUGCUCCGCAAUAUCAACUUUUUGCUGCUUAUGGUCACUUAUGGUCUGAAUGUAGGUUGUUUCUACGCCUUGUCCACUCUGCUGAACCGCAUGGUGAUCCAUCACUACCCAGGGGAGGAGGUGAAUGCUGGCAGGAUUGGACUCACCAUUGUACUGUCGGGGAUGGUUGGGGCUCUGAUCUCCGGCAUCUGGUUGGACAAAACCAAAACCUACAAGCAAACAACGCUAGUUGUCUAUAUCAUGUCUCUGGUGGGAAUGACAGUCUAUACCUUCACUCUGAGCCUGGGCCACCUCUGGGUGGUCUUUGUGACUGCUGGGUUGCUGGGGUUUUUCAUGACAGGAUACCUUCCCCUGGGCUUUGAGUUUGCUGCAGAAUUGACAUACCCAGAAUCAGAAGGAACAUCAUCAGGGCUCCUUAAUGUCUCAGCACAGAUUUUUGGUAUUGCCUUCACCAUUGGUCAAGGGCAAAUCAUGGAUCACUUUGGGACAAAGGCAGGAAACCUCUUGCUUUGUUCUGUCCUGUUCCUGGGGACCGUUAUGACAGCAUUCAUUAAGGCUGAUCUCCGAAGACAACAGGCCAAUUUGGAAAAUGAACAGACAAAAGUGUUGCCAGAAGCCUACACUAAUCCCAUAGUCCUUGAAGAAUCACGGCUGUGAAAUGAAGGGGUGGCAAAGCUGGGAGAUACAGCCCCCCUUAUUCCCAUCUUUUCUACAUGCACCAUCCUCCUGUGACAUGCACACCGUGGGAGGGGGCAGCCUCAGGACAAGGAGCCCUGUGAACUGCUUGUGGAGAGUGUGAAAGAGCAAAACAAGACGGAGGUUGCUUUCAUCAGUUUUAUCUUUGCAUCUUGCUGUUUUGGUUUGGGAGGAAAAGCUGGGAAAAUCCGCUGUGUCCCCCCACUCCCACCAUAUAUGCUUGGAAAAAGCACAUGUGCUGAGAGAAAAGCCAAAGUACCAGGCUAACCCUGAGCAUGAUGGUGGCACCUUGGAUGUGGCUGUGACAUAAAAGGCAGAAGCUGGACCACACUUACUCUAUGAGCAGCCCUGGAAGAGCUAACUCUAGGGAAAAGAGAUUGCUCUGCCUUGGUUCCCAUUAUGCUCUGUGUUGCACAGGUAGUAGUACAGGCCUCAGUACAUUACCAGCAAGUGCAAAGCAGUGCACCAGCUACUGCCAGCUCUUCUUUUAUUAUUUGGCUUUCCCAGAUGAAGCACUCUUAACCUGGAUAAACUUCUGCUCAAAAUUCACUGGGGUUGUCCUAGUGUUCCUACAUAGUAGGAGUAAUUAAGAGACCCUUCUAGCUCAAGGCAAG